AAUGCGUGCAGAUCAGCCUGUCUGCAGGGGCAGAUUGCUUGCCCGCUCGAUAGCUCGCAGCAGCUAACUGCUACUUGUUGUCACCCAGAUUCGAACGUACAACAACGGCAAGCAGUCACGGCACGACGACGGCUGCAAGCCAUUUCCCAUCUCAUCUUCUGGUGUCCCGCCAUCGUCUCGUUUCUCGACAACUCUGACGAAGAGAUAGGCACACAAUUAUAGAGACACGCGAUCGUUCCGUUCGCUGGCUGCCGCUGCUACUGCGGCUAUUAUUUGUUAUCGUUGCUUUACUUUAAUUUUGUUAAUACGAUACACGAUGCCGGAAUGCUACAGUACGGCAGGGUGCUGAUUUUGUCGUAGACAGAGCGCGUCCUCGCUGUGGAGGCAGGAUCGUUAUAGGUUGCUUAAAUCAAUAAUGUCUUUUCUACUGUCUUAGUUUAACCGUGGUGGAAAUGAUAGUGGCAGUCGAAAGUGCUAUAUGCUACUGGUAAUACUGGAUUGUCGUUGUUGUGCUCGCCUAGAGUAUAGUGACGAGUGACCUUCAUGGAGUGACGAGUGCUUAGAGAAGUGCCAUGGAAUAGUGUGACCGGCGUGUGAGUUCAAUACCAGUAGCAUAAGAAUUACAAUAUUUACAUUAUUGCAAUAAUUAUUGUUCGGGCUCGCAGUGCGUGAGUGCAGAGCGGAAAAGCGGUUUAGAUCCUGCCUCGGUACCGAAUUUCGUCAAUGCUGAGAUGAACUGUAAUCCUGUACCGUGCAUUCAACAAUUCGAUUGAACCACUUACCUGGUGCUGGUGUUACAUAUACAAACAAAGCUGUGCUGUGAUGAUAAGUGUUUAGCUAUCUCUAAUAGUUGGUUGUUUUUUGUGUUGUUAGUUUUUGUGUCGUUGAUUUCACGCAGCUAAAGUUGAAAUUGAGGUUCGUGUCUUCUCAUAGGAGUGUUAUUCAAUGAUUUGGUGAAGUGUGAUCAUCAACACUCUACAUCAGAAACAUUACCUGUCUUCUUAAGAGACUGUAGCCGUCACCAAUAAUCAGGUGUUCUGCCGGCAGGUUGCACGAAGAACUUUGCAUGUGCGACUAGUAUAGCCUAUAUCGCAAAAGUUGAAAAGGAGAAGCACCAUAGACGAAGUGCCAUCAUUACAAACAUUGAUAUUUAAUCGUCGCUCUAUGGUUGAUCAUUCGUAAGAAUCCAAUGCUAGAAAUACUUGUCGAAGAAAGUACCAAUGAAAGGGUAGACUGAUUUUGUUCAACCAGCGUUGAGGAGCCGCCGUUUGUCAAUGGGAUACACUCGAAUAUCGUUUCUGACUGCCAUAUACGCCUGUGGCCUAUACACAUAGCUAGUACAAAGAGCGAAUAGAGAAUAAAAAGUCUGCUGCAGUCCCUGUUUUAGGACCACCAUGGAGAUUCGACCUUCAGAGUCGCCGAUAUACGGUGGCGUGCCAAUCGAGCUCGAAUUCUCGGUUGAGCUCUGUCCUGAAGCUGAGCAUAAUCUGCCGCACGCUUUUUAUCUUGUCUUCGAAGGUUCUCGAGCCAGACACGUUUGCCGCGCUCAACUCAUUCACCAGUCCAAUAAUGGUCGUUUACUUCUGCUCACAACAGCGCCCCCACAUGACCGCGUCGAGGAGACGAAAUUACGAGCAUUCUAUCGGGGUCAUUUGGGAACAAGGCCUGUGUUAUUUCAUACGACGCAAUUUCAGUUUGUCUCGGAUGCUGCUUAUCAGGUAGCCUCCACGUUGAUUCGCACGCAGCUGUCGAAUACUUCGUCGCUGAUUCUCGAAAGGGUAAUUAAAGGUCGGCUAGAGCUGAGGACGCAGAUGCACUGCCUGCGGCGAGUGGAUCGCAGGCUGGCGGCCGCUUUUCGAGCGAUACAGAAACCGGAAAGGUGGACUAUUGCUCCAUUGGCAACGACGAACAGGACAAGCAACAACAAUAAUAAUAAAGAUGAAAGUGAGACGCUCCUUCAUUUAGCGUCCCGGAUGGGCCUUUCCGAGCUCUGUGAAUAUCUGCUUUGUUGUCCCGGAUCGCUGGUCGCUCUAAAAACUCCCAACUCACAGGGUAGUCUCCCCCAGGAUCUCGCCCGACAGAAUGGCUACGACAAACUUUCCGAAAAGCUAGCCAAUUACCGUAGUUCCUCAUGCGUCAAGUCGGAGAAUCCCUUACUUUAUGAUUGCGUAAUCUCUGAAGGACGCGACCAUUGCUUGCCACCAACCAUUACCACGAACCUCUUAAGCGAUCAUCAGCCUGAUGAAGUAAGCGACAUCGAUCGACUAGAGGAGCUGAUUGCGUCGGUCGAACGCGUGGUGUCGCCUAUGCCGCUGAUGAGCUACGGAGCGGCGGUCGGGGCCGCUAAUGACUUCAACAUUAAUUACCCAACUUCCACGACAAUAGAGCAAUCCUCACAAACAGGUGUUAGUCAAGAAGCGCAUCGGAAACAACAAAAUUCUGUGAAUGGCAACGCUGAUGGUCAAAUGUGUCAAGAUGGCGACACAAGCGGCAGCCAGCAGAUCACUCAAGCUCUAGGGCAUAUAGAAGAUAAUCACGCGGCACAGGACAGCAAAAAAGAGGUGCUGAGACGUCCGUCAUUUUGUCGGCUGUCUUCGUCAUGUCCGUCAAUCCCCCACCACCUCGUGCACGGCGCGGCGGCAGCGGGCGCAGCGGGCCAGGGGACUGUGGGGGUACACAGCUCGUACUCGCAAGCAGAGAUCCACCCCGUUUCCACGCACCACGGCCAGACAUCGUCCUCCGCAUCCACAAUUUCAUCGGCAGGAAUAACACCGCUAACCUCAUCCAGUUUGCAGCAGCAAGAACAGCCGGGCUCUCAGCUACCACGCGCCUCCACAUCAACAGGCCACCACAAACAACUUCCGAUGCAUCCGGACAACGAGGCCACUCGCUUGAUGGUAAAUUCAAAAAAGUCAUCUGUGUCUAGUUCCGCGCUGGACUCGGUGGCGCUCCGCAGUUCUCCGGCGGGGGACGAUGAUGACGAUGAGGCCGUUAACAAUGUCAAGAUCCUCGUUAACGAUAUCACUCCGGCCAGCUCACAGGAGUUUUUGCAGGCAUCAAACCCGUCAUCGAGGCGAUCCUCCGCCAGUGAUGUACGCCACAGUCCCUUUCAGGGCAAUUCAAUCGGCGGGAACACCGCGCAACGACUCGCAAAGCGAAGUCAGCUCCAAAGCCAGAAUUCAGAAAGUUCGAGGCGGCAAAGCUGGACCGAUUUGAGUAAGACGGACGCAAUUAUAAGUCAGACCGACAUCAUUGGAGGCAUCACAUUACCGUUGCUCCAUGGAACCCAUGAUAGCCCCAAGACGGUAAACAACCGACGGGCGCAUAAGUCGCCGAUCAAACUGCAGAGAAGUGUAAGUCUGAAUAGUUUAAAAUCAGCCGGCGUAUGCGACGGUGGGGGACCAGACAGCGCAAGUAAUUCGAGUUCAGAACUUCACACCUCAAGCACCAAUAAGGGGGCGCCUCCGACAUCAUCAGCGACCUCGGACAGCUCGACCACGGCGUCAGGCAAUACUAUUUCACUGCAGACAGAUAUCAGCCGAAUAUCGGCAGAGAACCAGACGACGGUCGGCGGAUCGGCUGGGGUCAGCCGACUAGCCGUAGCAGCUCCGGGAGCGGGAAAGCCGCCCAGCGGGGCAUUUUCAUCGUCUCAUUCAAACUUAACGACCACAUCAAGCACUUAUGCGGGGGGCGGCAGUACUCAGGCAGGUUCGCCGAUUGUCUCCCAGAGCUCAGCAAUCGGAAUCCCAGCAGGUAACGUAACAGCUGGCAUUGGAGGUUCGGAUGCACUUCAUCGGGGACAACUGCCGCCCUUACAAUUACUGCCCUCUAGCGAGCACAACUACUCUAUGCAACCCCCUCCUUCCCCGAGACAGCAUAGGUCGGCGAGCAGUGGUGAGACCAUGUUGCUCCUUCAUCGCUGCCAGGAGGAUAUGCCGCAACAGUCAGCGCAGACCGGGGCGCUAGCAGCUCCGAGCAGUGGGGCUCAAAGUGGCGGACCCCCUCCAGUGCCGCCCAAGUUCGCGAAGCCUCUCCCACCUGGUGUAUUGAGCAAGAAACUGCCGCCCCCAUCGCUGCAGAAAAGCGUUUCUACACCUUCCAUUGUUGUCGCUCAGGAGACCCUCUUGCAGCAUUCUCAAUCCGACAGAAAUGUCUACAGUAGCCGAGUGGAAGACCAUGCGUCGCUGGUGCACCAGCUGAGCGUGGGCAAUGGUAGCCGUUCCGCGGGGCAGCUCCCGCACACAGCUGCCGCAACUCAACCAGGGGCAGGUCCGACUGUAACAGCGGCUGGGCACCAUCUGUCCCAGUUACCUCACCUGUCGCAGCCAUCGGGCCGAACGGGGCCGCCUCACAAGAGUUCCUUGCUACACAACCAGAGAUCAAUAGUGUACCUUCUUGAAGAGGAAGACGAACAACCAGAUACACCCCACGUUCAGGACUACGUCGCUAUGGUCUGCCGAUCGCAAAGCGCCACUGGACGGCCGGUGGCAGCCGCGGGGCUCCUGAACAGCCACGGGAGCCAUGGAGGGCUGGGGGGCAACGUCGCUUCAGCCGCCGACUCCGACGAUGAGAAGUUCAUCGGGAAAAGAACCAAGAAAAGGGGAAGUCUUUUCUUCAGGAAGAAAAAGGACCCGAGUAAGGCCGGAUCGCCCUCUUCUCAGGGAGGCACCCCUUCACCACCUCCGGGCAGGCCCAUCGGCCACCAGUUUGUGGCCAUUUCGUACAGCAUUGGUUCAGUUCAGUGUCACGUGUGCUUCAAGUCGCUCGACAAUCGACCCGCUCUACGAUGUGAAAUCUGUAACGUUGCUGUGCAUGAUGUACAUUCGUGCCGUGACCAGAUCGCCGACUGCACUAAGUUCAAGACAUUGCUGAACAAGAGUAUGCUGAUCAACAAGUCAGCCAGUCAGCUCGCCGUCAAAGAAAGAUCUUCCGCUAAUCUCGCUUCAGCUUUGAAGUCCAGUGCGUCGGGUUUAGGAAGUAAAGAUCGUAAGCUGCAGCAGCCACAAGCAAGCAGCACCUUCUCUCGGAGUAAUAUCAUACAGAAUGUACAGACACUGCAGAACGACACCACAGGCGGUUCUAGCAAGGAAUCGUCGCCAAGUUCUGCGGCGAAAGGCAGUGGCACAACGGGAGAAGAGCUGGACUCGCCGCAUGGACCGCAUGGAGCGGAUAUGGCGGAAUUGUAUGCUGGGUCUCUGAAUUUCCAUGAGCCGGGUUCAGCCUCGAUGGAAUCGCUCGACUCUGGUAGCCAGGCGUUAGAGGAACUCAUUGGAAGGGAUCUCGAUGAUCCGAUACUGCGACUACUUGAUGACGAACCAUCCCAAUGGAGUGUCACCGUUGACAAAAAGGUCGUCAAGAAACUGAAAGAGCGAGAUGUCAAGCGACAGGAAGCUAUAUACGAGCUCAUCUUGACCGAAAAACAUCACUGUGUCACCCUCAAGAUAAUGGAAAAGAUCUACAUGGAUCGCAUGUGUAACGAACUCCAGCUUCAACCAGAGAUGGUGAAUCGAAUGUUUCCGCGUCUCGCUGAGCUUCUGUCGUUCCAUUGUACGUUCCUCCUUUUGCUCAGGUCAAAGCAGGCACAGGCGAACCCCGACAACCAGACCAUUGACACCAUCGGGGACGUCCUGUUACAGAUGUUCCAAGGAGAUAGUGCGACAAAAAUGCUGACGGCAUACGGCGCCUUCUGUUCAAGGCACAAGGAUGCUGUUGCUGUCUACAAGGAGAUGCUCAAAGCCGAGAAAAAAUUUGCCCUCUUCAUCGCGAGACGGAGCCGUCUUGCAUUGUGCAAGGGUCGCGGAAUUCCAGAGUGCAUCCUCCUGGUCACGCAGCGUCUAACGAAAUACCCGCUAAUGAUUGACGCCCUAAUCAAAAGUUCGAAAGAUCAUCCCGAUGAAAUCGAACGGCUCAAAGUUGCACAAGUCCUUGUCAAAGACGUGAUUAACGGCGUCAACGCGCAGGUGGCUGAAGCAGAGCGGGAUGCGCGACUUCUCGAGAUCUACCAUAAAGUGGACGCAAAGUCAACGGCGUACCUCAAGGGCCACAAAUUUAAAAAGUCCGAUCUGCUAUCAAGCAAUAGAAAACUCAGGCAUGAGGGGACCAUCUCUCUGAAGAAUGCUCGCAACAAGCAAUUAGACGUUACGGCAGUACUGUUGUCAGAUGUAAUAUUCUUCCUGCAAGAGAACAACCAAAAAUAUGUGUUCGCCGCAUUCGAUAAUAAGCCGAGCGUGAUCUCUCUGCACAAACUGCUUGUCCGAGAGAGAGCAGGCCAGGACGCCCGGGCGCUGUAUCUCAUCUCGUCCAACCCUGAGGAGCCCGAGAUGUUCGAGUUCAUCUGCGUCUCACCCAAGGAUAAAGCCUUCUGGCUCGAUGCCAUUCGUAAGGCCAUCGAGACCUGUCCAGCAGAAACCGAUGACUCGCAGGAGAAAGAUGCCGAAGAAGUGGCUCGCGCCGAUCGACUGCGUCACUUACAGAUCUUGCUUCAUGAUGGAGACCGAUCUAUUGCGCAAAUCUGCCAGGUGAAGCUGACAAUCCUCAUCGAAAUGUUAGAGAUCAUCGGAGUGGAUCAGGAUACUAUUGAUAAGAUUAAUCCCCGCGACUUCAAAUACGGCGACUUACUCCAGAAACUGUCGCCGGAAGAGACUAAUCAGAUGUUGCUUACGGCAGCUAGUCAGGUGCAUCAAAUUUUCGCGCGGAUUCCCGUCCCACUCCCACCGCUGCCAGGAUCGGAUGGAACAAACCAAGAUUAUCGGCGCAACAGCGUUGACGUCAACGAUAGCGCACAUCAAAGUCUGGGACGAAGCGUCAGCAGUGCGGGAGAGCACCAGAGCGCUGCCAGCAACUGCUUAGAUGUAACCGCUAUGUUGCCCAAGCGGGCGGAGACCUUUGGGGGCUUCGACGCAAAUACACAGAAAGGUGGCGUUCCUUCAGGAUUGCCCCCAUAUCUGACUGCGAUAAAGAAGAAACUCUUCCUGGUCAGCGCCGAAACCGCAGCGGCAAAAGAGCGUACUAAAAAGGAGUCGUCACGAGAAUUCCCCGAAUGCCAUCUGCAAGUUAAGGGCUUGGAGACGCGUCGCCUAAGCGCUCCUCUGUUUAACUCUGAGGGUCUUCUUCCCACUGACAAGUCCCUCCAGCGAAGAAGUGUGACGGGCUUGGACCAACCGAGUCCUUCGGACUCGACAGCUGAUGCCCCACCUGCCACCUUACCUCUUCGACAGCUUGAAGGUCUGACGGCGGUGCCUCUGUUCUUUACCCAUGACCCCCGACAGCAACUCGAGAUCAUUGCCGACCUUACGCACAACCUUUCUAUCAUCAUGUGCUUAUAUUGCCAAAGUGCUUCGUCAAUGGAAAGUCUGCGGCUGCAAGCGACAGAGAUGAGCGAACAGCUGCAGUGUCGGAAUCCGCGCAAACAGUCGUACCGGCCAGAUGUGCAGUUGGAAGAACUACGUAAUUUACAGGAACAGCUGAGUAGUGAGCGGGCCGAAUGGCAACGUCAGUGUCAAAUCGAGCGACAGCAGCUCGACCGGCAGCGAGAAGAAAUCCAGAAACGGGAGGAACAAAUAAAACGUGAUCAAGAAGAUAUUGAGCAGCAGCGAGACUGGCUUUUUAGGAGGCUGGAAAAGUUGGAGAAAGAAAGGGAACGAGAACAGUUUCAACAACAACAACAACAGCAACAUCAGAGCCAACUGCCGAUACAGCCGAUGCAUUUGGUCUUUCAACAGGGGGUGCCGCAACAGCCCGCAACGGCAGUCCUCCAGCAACAAGCUGCUGCGGUGGGCUCCCAUCUGCCACAGCAGCAGCAGCAGCAACAACAGACUACACAUCCCUCGUCCCCUUCGAGUGCUGAGAACUCUCCAAGGAACUCUCUACCAGGACGCACGGUCUCCUCCGCGGACUUGAUGGCGCCCGCGAUGCUGUCGAUCAUGCCCUUCGAUAUGCGUUCGCAUUCAACGUCUUUAAUUCCUUUCCACCUGAGCAGCCUCGGAGGACCCUCUGGGUCGACCGCGACGCCCGCAGCUACCAUUCUUGCCGCAUCGGGAACGGCGUCAGUUAGCGGAAUUAAACCUCAUCGCGGAUCGCCCCCCGCUCCGACCAAAAAUGCAAAAGACGCCCACCAUAAGGAGAGCCAUCACUCCUCCAAUUCACUGCCGGCAGCUCUCACUGGGCUUUCAUCCUUUAUAACGGGACACCACCAUUCAAAGCAUCACCAACAACAUCAUCCACAGCAGCAACAGCAACAACAACAACAACAACAACAACAGCAGCAGCAACAACAACAGCAGCAGCAACAGCAACAGCAGCCACUGCAGAAUUCGCCGCCCCCGAAACAGGUACUUCCGUUACAUUUAGCGAAGCGUGGUUCUCCGCAACGAUCCCAUAGCGCGUCUUCCCAGGCCGCGCCGUCACCCGUUCACGUGCGAGCAGGCUCCAGCCCGGCCAAGGUGCAUUACACUCCACCUCCAUUAACACCUCCGCUGGUCGGAGGUCCGCAACAAGAGCAGUCACAGCCUCCACAGCACCAUAAGCAGUCUUCAUUCGGAGUAGCCUGCAGCCCCAGCACAUCGAGCACAACUUCUUCGUGCAGCAACUCGGCUGUGGCGGGAAUGCCGGUUGAGGCCCACAGUGGCGCCGCUCCCUCUGUUGGUUCCGCAAUGGAUCCUCUUGGUAUCAGCCCUUUGCUGAUUCGAGCUAACACCAUUGAUGACUCGACCGCGCUUCACAGCAUGCAACGGGCUCCGUUCGAUGACGAAAAAGAGAUCUUCUGCUAAAUGCCACCUGACGAAAAUAAGAGAGACGCAAAAAAUACUGCUACUGUUGCCAUCACUAGAGGUCGCGCCGUUGUUGGAAGGAAAAGAAUGAUUGUUCGUCUGCGAAUGACAGCAAAUGCUAUGAACGCCGACAUCAGGCACAGCAGUAACGACGGCGCGUGAUCGACGAUUAGCGCCAGCCAACAGGCUCUUAUCCCAAUCAAUAUCAGUGGAAUUCUGGCAGCUAGGUACAUCAAAAGUAGCACGAUGUUGAAAAUGAUAUAAGAGAAAAGUAGAUCUGAACAGAAAAGAGCAGCUCCACGGCGAGUCUUUACGGCCGGUAGACUCAUUAAGUUAGAGGCAUGUGUGGGCACGUAUCAGUUUGGGUUUCUUGUCAUCUGGGAGCCUACAGGUCCAGUGAAGUCGAUCGGACGAACAAAGCUCGAAGAGAAAUAUUAUAUGAAUAUAAAGCAUGCGCAUAGAUAUAGGUUUGAGCACAAAGCUAUAGAAGAAAAUGAAGAUAAAAAUUAUAAAUACACAUGAAUGUAUAACGAACGAGGAAUAAGCAAAGAAUUGAGAUAGGAAAGACGAUAAAGGAGAGCCUCGGCAGAGCUUAGCGUGUACCGUACCCUGUAUAGUUCACUGUGAUAUAGCAAAACAAGAACACUCCAUACUCUCUACGAAGAUAUAUAUAAAUUUACAAAAUAUAUACAUAAUGCGACAACAUAGGUUAACGUCUCACCAUGUUGAAGAGAAGAGCGAAGACAACUCAGCGUCUCUAUAUAUUUACAUAUGCUUGUCCGCUUAUGAUAAUCCACUUCUAUUUUGAGUAAUAGUAAAUGAAUCGACACAAGAAAACGAAAGGUCGUAACAGAUUUUACAUGUACAAUCAUUAUUGACACAUGGGAGCAUCGAUUAUUGAGGGCUAAUGCUAUAAAUAUACAUAUAUAGAACAUAUAAUGAUUUCUUUCAGUCGUUGUAGCACUGAAAGCAUAAUAUACCUACAACGGGCGAAUCGUCAUACUGUUAGUUAAUAAUUGUUAUUCAGCCAUCCUUAACCCAAUGUGAUGUACACACUAAAAGUUCAGAUUAAAAGCUCAGAAUCAGUAAAUCAGAAUACGACUCGUGGAACCAGAUCAUCGUAACCAAUUUUUGGAGUUUUUCUGUGUUUGUCGAAGGAAACGGCGAUCACCGCUCCUCCAUGUGUCAAAGGUGAUUCAGCGUAUGCUUUGGUAGCUUUGAACUUUCUUGGUAUGAAUAAGUAUCCGUGUACGUCAUUCGAUGGCUACAAGUCGAUCAUUAGAUUGUACUUACAUCAGGUAUUUUCCUGCUUACUAGGACCGCGUGAGACCGUCUAUGUGUGUGUCUGUGUGUGUAUAUGUAAUAAACGAAAAUAUCGACGCGAGCCUGUCUGUCCGCGUGUCCAGCUUUGAUCUCUGCAUACUGUUCCCUGUAGUAUGUAACAAUGGCAAAGAUCUGUUGAAAUUUUCGGCGGUUGUGCGUCGCGGUGUUUCUUGCGUAAGAUGUUUACGCCACGCUCAUCCACUGCAAGCAGUGACCAUUCCGGAAGAUGCAUUGACUUCUGGAACUCUCUUCCAUGGAAGGCUGCACCUGCUAAAAAAAGGUUAAUGACGCUUUGGCGUGAUGUCGGAAGCGAGAAAGGCGACUGGGUUUUUAGUUGGAUUUCACUUUUGCUCCAAACGCUUCGCGCUGCGGCGGCUUCUCCUGAAAUUCAAUACUGACAGGGCAAACUACUUAUUCGGCUCGACUAGCGUAACUGUAAACGGCAGUCACAUGCAGUAAGCAACUUCCGUGUGUCGAGGCUCAGACGGGCUCACUAUGUGUACAGCUUGGCCGUUGGAAAGGACGAAUCGAAGGUUUGGAGUCGGCAUUACUCACGGACCUUUUCGCUGUCGCCUUGUUUUUCGAUAAUCGUUAUGUUAUCAUGAAAAAUAUACCAUCAUGGUAUAUAUAUACAUAAUACAUUAAUAGGUACGCCUAUAGCACGCCAGAAGGUCCAUGCAAGGCGACAAAAACUAUAGAUAUGUAACGUUACUUUAGUGAAAUACAUUUAGCGUUUCAUUGACAUUGAGCGUUGGUCCAUAAACUAGUUGUAUAUCAGAUAUCAUCCGCCUUGGAAGUACUGAAUGAGACUGUUCCCGUCGAAGGCCACUGUGGUCAUAUUAAUUGAAUGUCAGAAGACCGUCGAGACUGAUCUAAUGAAAUAAUCUCUAAAAUAAAGCAAGGUUAUAUUGUAACAUAUA